UAACAACAAACAGCAGACAAACGAGCGGCGUCACGAUCAUCAUUAUCACUAAUUGCCACUCUGGUCAUGCUGGCUGGCGCAAGUGUGGAGUGUGCGAUAGCGAGCUGAGAGGCGAGGCAGCUUUCAGUUUUGCUUAUCAGAGGAAUACGAGUCAAGGGAAACACGUUGGGGUGCAACAAAUUAAUUUUUUUAUUCCAGUGCAAGAAGACUCUGAAGGCCUUGCACAUCUCCCAGAUUCCCCAGAAACAUGUCUGUGGCAGCUCACACCACACCCCUGCUCUCCCGGGUGGUGGGCUACUCAGUGGCCAUCGCUAACAAUGCUGGCAGGAUCAUAAGGGACAUCAUGAAGAGGGGAGAACUGGGCAUUGUGGAAAAGGAAAGUGCACGAGACCUGCAGACAGAGGCAGACCGGGCAGCCCAGCGCAGCAUCAUCACCUCCCUCCAGAAAUGCUUCCCAAAAUCAACCAUCAUUGGGGAGGAGGGUGAGGAUGAAGUGAAGGACCUGAGUGGACAAGUAUUUGACCCAUCCAGUGACAGCAGCAGCAGCAGCAUCAGCAGCAUCGCCUGUCCCCCACAGCUGACCACAGUAGCAGAGGAGGAGCUUGUGAUAUGGGUGGACCCUCUGGAUGGCACAGCAGAGUACACACAAGCCCAUGAGUGUCGCAUCAGUGGCCACCUGGGGGUUUGUAAGACUCUUGGACUGUCAUGUGAAAGUCUUCUGGAUCAUGUGACAGUGCUCAUUGGCAUAGCAUCGGGAGGGAAGGCUGUGGGCGGGGUGAUCCACCAGCCUUACUACAAUUACCAGAACCCAGGGGCUGAGCUUGGCCGCACCAUUUGGGGCAUUGUAGGUGGCAGUGUGGGGGGCAUGCCCAUUGUGGCGCCUCCUGAGGGGAAGGUCAUUGUCACCACAACGCGCUCCCACUCCUCCUCGACGGUGAAUGAUGCCGUCGCUGCCGUCAGCCCCACGGAGGUCCUCAGGGUGGGAGGUGCUGGACACAAGGUGAUGCUGCUGCUGGAGGGCAAGGCACAUGUGUAUGUGUUUGCCAGCCCUGGGUGCAAGAAGUGGGACACCUGUGCUCCUCAGGCUAUACUGGAGGCAGCUGGGGGCGUCCUCACUGACAUUAAGGGCGACCCAAUCCCCUAUCACGCCACUGUAGCACACAGGAAUUCUACAGGAGUGCUUGCCUCAGCUGCAGGACAGGACCACCAAGCCUUCCUAGCCAAGAUUCCCCAGCAUGUGAAGGACAACCUCAAGGCAUAAGAUAUUCCACUGUACAUACUCUGAUUCUUUGUUUAUAAUCUUUGCACUCAGUUAGUCGAGGGCUUUAAAAGGAUAUUGUUUAUAAUCUUUGCUCUCGGGCAAUUGUGUGGUUUAAAAAUGAUUCAGCAUAUUCACGGGCAGGGAUGAUAGGUGGUCACAAGGUAGGUAGUUAUAGGGAUAGCCACAGGGUUUACUGGAUUCUUACUGUUUCUCGUAUCUUUUUUGUUUAUAAUGUUUACUCUCAUUCAGUUGUGAACUUUAAAGAUUCAGCAGGGGUGGGGACGGUAAGUGGUUGCGGGGAUACUUGCAUGAUACAGGGACUAGCAUCGUGAUUUUCUGGCUUCUUGCUGUGUUUUUUCUUUUACACACACACACAUAUAUAUAUAUAUAUAUAUAUAUAUAUAUAUAUAUAUAUAUAUAUAUAUAUAUAUAUAUAUAUAUAUAUAUAUAUAUAUAUAUAUAUAUAUAUAUAUAUUUUUAUUUAUUUUUUUUUUGCAAGAGCAGCACUGGUAUAGGGCAAAAAAAAAGAUAAAAAGGGUCCACUGGGAUGCCAGUUCCUAAAGAAAGUUAAACGAUAAUAAGAGUUGAAUUAGAUAUAUGUAGAGUUUUGUAAAGAAGAGUUGUCUUUCUCUUAUCUUUUCUUAUGAAACUUAAUUUCCUCAGUAGGUUACACACACACACACACACACACACACACACACACACACACACACACACACA